CAGGUAGAUAGAGAAAGUUGUGCCAAAGAAAAAUAUUAGAAGCUUUAAAUGCGAGUAGGUUUUGAAGGGUUCUCUUUUCAUUUCAUUUCUCUCUUAAGGACUAAGCAUACCCAAUAAAAUCCACCACCUCUCUCUCUCUCUCUCCUUUGUAGGUAUAUAUAGCUAAUAAGUCUGUAUUUUUGUUUAAACUCAACUUUUGUUGCAGAUCAACUGCACCCCUUUUAGCUAUAAUUUCUUGUUCUUGUACAACUGGAAAGCCAAAGAGAAUGGAGUUUUAUCCAUACCCAUCUCGUUUUUCUAUGUCUUCAUUGCCCUUCUUUGGAGAUUUUGUUGAAAAGAUCAAAGAAGUCUGCAAUUUUGCAGUUUCUGCUGUAAUUGGAAACAUUUUCUCUGCGAUCUUUACCUUCUUCUUUGCUUUAGUGGGUACCUUGUUAGGUGCCAUGACUGGCGCUUUGAUAGGCCAAGAAACUGAAAGUGGGUUUGUCAGAGGGGCUGCAGUAGGAGCCAUAUCAGGAGCUGUUUUCUCAAUUGAGGUCUUUGAAUCUUCUCUACUUCUUUGGCAAUCGGAUGAAUCUGGUAUUGGGUGUCUACUCUACUUGAUUGAUGUUAUUGCAAGCCUCCUUAGUGGGAGACUUGUGCGUGAGCGAAUUGGUCCAGCCAUGCUAAGUGCAGUACAAAGCCAGAUGGGUGCUGUUGAAACUAGUUUUGAGGAGGUCCAGAACAUUUUUGAUACUGGCGGCGCCAAGGGACUGACCGGAGAUACCGUUGAGAAAAUACCCAAGAUCAAAAUCACAAGCAACAACACUAUAGAUGCUUCAGGGGAGAAAGUUGCUUGUUCUGUUUGUCUUCAGGACUUUCAGGUUGGUGAGACAGUUAGAAGCUUGCCUCAUUGUCAUCACAUGUUUCACCUUCCUUGCAUAGAUAAGUGGCUGCUGAGGCAUGCAUCUUGCCCAUUGUGCAGAAGGGAUCUGUGAUGUGUUCUUCACCCUGUAAAUUACAAUAUCAGAAAUGCUUUUCUUAUUUAUAUCGGCAUUACCUUUCGAGGCUUUUUCUGUUUUGUUCAUUCUGAUGAUUAGAUGAGUAGUAAUCUUGUUGCCUUGGUAGUUUGGAAUGCCCACGAUCUUUGUACUAGAAUAGUCAUAUAAUAUAUGUAUAAAUUUUUUGAGUAAUAGUAAUUUUAGUUCCUGUACUCUUGACAUGAA